UACAGGCGCUUUCGACAAGUUGCAUGUAACAACAACGUAACGAUACCCUUUACCUCAGUAAAUAACGCAAAUAGGUUGUCGUAGAUUCUUGUGGCGAUCAUUCCACGUCGAUCAUGGCGCUCUAUCAGAUAGUUGCAGAAUGGACGACCUAUCUAACUUUUUACCUGCUUUGCGCAGUUUUUAUUGCUUUUGUUGGAUACUGUCUUUAUGUGAGGCAUAUUCAUCAGAAAUAUGAUCAUAUACCUGGACCGCCAAGGGACAAUUUUCUCCUUGGCCAUAUACCAACAUUUCGGAGAGAAAUGAACUCUGAUCGUGUUAUACAUGACAGAUUCCUCGAAUGGACUGAAAAAUAUGGUCCAGUAUAUAGAAUUAACACUUUUCAUACUGUGUCAUUAGUGGUUAGCUGCCCUGAGGCUACAAAGGAGAUUUUAAUGUCCCCCAAGUAUUCCAAAGAUCCUCUUGCCUACAAACGCAUAUUCCACUUGUUUGGAUUAAGGUUCUUAGGAAAUGGACUGAUUACCGCAGUGGACCACGACACCUGGUACAAGCAGCGCAGAAUAAUGGAUCCUGCCUUCAGCAGUUCUUACCUCCGAGGACUAAUGGACACCUUCAACGAGAGGGCUGAGUGUCUGAUGCAACAUCUGGAGGUAAUAGCGGAAGAGCGCACAAUUGCCAACAUGCAUCGGAUGGUCAACUGUGUCACGCUGGAUGUUAUUUGCAAGGUGGCCUUCGGGGUUGAUUUAGACUUACUGAAACAUCCCGACUCCCCGUUCCCGAAUGCUAUAGACCUUUGUUUGCAGGGCAUGAUCCAAGAUAUCAGAGAUCCUUUCUUCAGACAUUCCCCCUGGAACAGGAAGAAAGUGCGAGAGAUACAAGAAGCUGUCAAACUCCUGCGGACAACAGGAGCCAAAUGGAUAAACCAGAGGAGAAAAGCUGUAGAAAAUGCUGAGGAUGUCCCAAAAGACAUUCUAACCAAGAUCCUUAAAACAGCUGAGGAGCUUAAGGCUGAUGGUGAGGAAAACCAUGAAGUGAUGCUUGACAAUUUUGUGACUUUCUUUAUUGCAGGUCAAGAAACAACAGCCAGUCAGCUAUCCUUUGCCAUUAUGGAGCUAGGCAGGCACCCAGAGAUACUGAAAAGGACUAAGGAGGAGGUGGAUGAGGUGCUGGGUACAAGACGUGAUCUACUGUAUGAGGAUCUUGGUAAACUAACCUACUUGACUCAGGUUUUGAAGGAAACCCUACGCCUCUACCCUCCUGCAGUUGGAACAUCUCGCUGGAUCCAUGAGGAUACUGUCAUCAGUGGAUUUAAAAUCCCAGCAGGAUGUUCCAUUCUUUUCAGUUCGUACAUCACAUCAAGGAUGGAGAAAUUCUUUAAAGAUCCUUUAAAGUUUGAUCCAGAAAGAUUUCAUCCAGAUGCCAGCAAGCCAUAUUUCAGCUACUACCCAUUUUCUCUUGGUCCACGCUCCUGUCUUGGGCAGACUUUCUCACAAAUGGAGGCUAAAGUCGUGCUCACCAAGUUUCUUCAGAGAUUUGACUUCAGUCUUGUGCCUGGGCAGUCCUUUGAUAUAAAAGACACAGGAACCCUUCGUCCUCGAAGUGGAGUGUUAUGCACUAUCAAACACUGUGCUAAGAGCACAUUUUAAAUGUUAUGCUUUCAGAAAUUAACCACUACAGCAUAUUUGAUCUUCUUAAUUUUAGCAUGAUAUUUUUCUGUGUAUGCCUUUUUGGAGCAAUAUCAAAUUAAACAAAGUAUAACAUUAUGGCAGUACUGCAAUGUAUAUAUUUUGAUCUGCUUUAUUCUAUUGAUCAGUUGACUUCACACAAUCACUUAGUUUGGGAAAAAAGUUGUUUAAAUUGUGCCUUUGAAUAUUCCUUGAAUAAUGAAAUAAAACAUGCAAAAAAGCACUGACAA